GCCACAUUGUGCUUGGACAAUUUUAAUCAACAUUACAUCGCCAAUUGCAUUUGAUUCCAACUCUAUUUCAUCAAUUCAAGUGCCUUUAUGAAGAUUGCGUAAAGCAAGAACAACUUGCUGUUGUCUUCUCUCUGGACCUGAAAAAGCACCUUACUCGUUCUAAAUUGAGGGAUUUAGUUUUGAUUGCUGGCAAGUUAAUUGAGCCCCAAUUUUGAUCGUUGACCAUUUUUUGUCAAGAGAAUUUAUGUUUGCUUAUACUCACAUAAAAGAAAUCACUUUUGGCGGCGUGGAUACAAGGGUGCUUUUAUUUCUAUUCAUUGUCUGCACAUGCUGGUACUCUAAUGCUAGAGAGCUGUCGUCUGCCAACCAGUUUACUAGAAAAGAUGAGAGUUUUUCAGCAGUCCUGCAGACAAACAACAAGCUGUCAGAGGGAGAAGCUCAACAUUUGGAUGAAGUUAGCAAGAACAAUGAAUUGUGUACAUUGUGCGAAGAUUUCGCUUCUGACGCACUUAUUUAUCUAUCGGAGAACAAAACCCAAACAGAGAUCAUUAGCAUCCUUCACAAAUCCUGCUCUAAGAUACCUACAUUCAAGAAGCAGUCAAUUAGCUGCGUGGAUUUGAAAAGCAAUCGUGGUAUUCAAUCUUUGAGGAAUGUUGUGACGUUCGUGACAAAAUUGUAGGACUAUAUUUAUGUU